AUGUCGAGCCAGCCGGUCGAUCCGGCAAAACCUCCUGACAAUAAAUGCAAAUUCUGUGCUAAAUUUUGUUCGCUAAGUGAAGUUAAGUGUACUAAUAGUGCAUGUGAUACUCUUCUACAUGGAAAAUGUUUCGAUUCAAUUGCCAAGAUUGUGCCAAUGAAAAAGGAAGAAUUCCGUUGUAAACAUUGUUUGGGAGACGGCAAGGUGUCUAGUAGCAGUACCGAUGUGCUGCUCUUGCAUAAAGAAAUUGAUUGCCUUACACGAGAAAAGCAAUUGCUAGAAAAGUAUGUGAGUGAACUAGAAUUUUCUAAUACCAUUUUGAAAUCUAAAACGCCUGCUGUUUCCUCUACACUGAAUUCGGCUGUUGGUUUUUUUCCGAACUCGUCGUUGGUAAACACAUACUCGCAAGCAGCAAAAAAAGUCUCGCCAUCAGCUGUGCUGGUUAUUAAACCCACUGACAUAAACAUGGGGAACGCAAAAUUGGAGCAAGAGCUGAAGUCUAAAUUCAGGCCGAGUCAACUAAAUGCGAAUGUUACUGGUACUAGACUCAUUAGGGAUGGCGUGCUAGUCAACUGUGCUGAUGUCAAGUCGCUUCAAAAUUUGAAAGAUGGUCUAAAGAGGCAAGCUGGAAAUGCAUUUAAUAUGGCUAUAUACUCCUCCUCGGAACAACAUAAUUUGAGAUUUUGCAAGAAAGUCGCCAAAUGCUUAGGGUCCUAG